AUGGAUCGUAAUAGUAAGGCGAAUGGGAGUGGAGGUGAUGGUGGCACAACUGAGAAGCCAUCUAUUUUGGAAGGCAUUUUGCACAGCCUCUUCGAAGGUCUCGUCGACAAAGAUGAAACGGUGCGCACGGCCAUCAAAAGUUCGUUGGUGAAAAUAUUAGAAACACAUCCGGCACGCGCCACCGACAUACUGGUGGAGUAUCGCGAGAAGAAUCCCAAAUUGUCGGAACAGACAAUCAUCAUAUUGCUAAAAGCCAUCGAACGCGUUGUCAACUCCGACACUCCCAUACCAACAGAGGCGAAUAAGAAACUCAUUAUAUUAGCGAUCGAAGAGCUAACACGUUCGGCUGAUCACCAACCACUCGUACAAGAACACGCCCUCACCAUUCUGGUAGCCAUCGGACGAGGUAAUGAAUGCAAAGCGGUGAUGGAGGCGUUGAUGACGCACACCAAAGAGGGCGCUGUGGCACAUUUUAUGGUGAUGCAGUGUUUAGGUGCCAUGGCAACGGCAAAUGUGCCCGGGGUUGUGCCCUUCAUCAAACCGAUACUGGCUACCAUACUGCCUAAUUUGGGCGGCAUCAAACAUGAUCACAUCAAGCAAGCGCAUGCCUAUGCUAUUGGUCACUUCAGCGAAGCAUUGUUGGAGCAAUCACAUGGCGUGGCUGCUGUGCCAAUCACCACAAUUAGUCCACCCAACGAUGAUACAAAAACCACGUCGACAACACCAACAGACUCGUCGGUCGAUUGCUCUACAGAGAUCUCCGUUGCUUACGAUGUACUCUUCAAUCAAUGGUUGCACUCGCGGGAGCCCAAAGUAUGCGUUGAAAUUCUGCAUGCACUUUCUUCAAUGUAUCCGCUGUUGCCUGUAGACAAGAUACAGGAUCAAUCAACGCGUUUGAUACCGCAAAUAUUGGCGCUGUACCGGCGUUCGAUUGAACGCAACUCCGUCACGCAAUUCCUCUCAUCCGUGCUGAAGACAAAUAUUGCACUGCAACCGUCGAUUUUAGAUCCAGUCGCCGAUCAACUAAUAUCCAGUCUCUUCGAUUUGGUUUGCGUAUUUCCCGACUAUGAAAAGCCGCAGACGGUGAAGGGUCACUACGAGGUAUUGCGUUGCUUUCAUUUACUCUCGGGCAUUUAUGCCGCGAAGAUAGUUGACACUUUGCUGAUACACUUACGUAAUAAUAGCGAGCGUGAUCGCAUUAAAUCGCUGCUCAUACUCACACAUCUGCUGAAUACGUCCACAGCGCAGAUAGGCGAUAAAAUGCAGGCUUUCCUUGAAUGUCUCAAGCCGAUGGUUAUGGCCGAGAAGGGCAUUAAAAUGAAAAUGACGCUGCUGAAGACGAUAGUGGCGCUUUCCCAGAAAGGUUUCAUCAAGGAGAAAGAGUUUGUUUGGUUUGUAGUACGUUACAGCUGCAAAUACACGAAGGUGAACCAAGAGCACGGCUCACUGGAGGAGCAUGCCAACUUUGUAUUGUCCUGCGAGAACUCGCUCUUCAUGCUGUCCUCCACAGCGGGCACAAUGGAUGAGCUAUUGAAGCGUGAGCUGCUAAAUUACUUCGUGCUUCUAGACUACACAGAUGUCUGUUCGAACUUGGCCAAAUGUUUGGGUAGUCUCUUUGCCAAGUCGCCGAAUAUCGAAUAUGAGAUCGCAACUGACGAGGAGGGUGACGAAAAGAAGGAUGGCGCUGGCGAAGAGCAUGCCAAGGAGACUGGUCACACGAAUGUUAAAAGCGGCAAGAUAAUUGUGCCGUGCGCUGAGUCCAUAUUUGCGCGUUGUCUUGCUUUGCUCGGAAACUAUCACUGCAUAAAACGUUCGUCCAACAUUUUGUCCUUCCUCAAAUACUAUUAUCCACAUUUGAAUCCCGAGCUGAAUGCGCUCUGGGAUCAACGUAUACCUGAUCUACUGCUACACAUCAAUAAAGAGUCGGUGUUCUCACGGAAGCUCAUAGAAUUUAUAACCGAAACUGUGGAAUACCUGAAUACACGAGAUGAAAAUUUCGCUGAACGUCUAGUCAACAAGAUGUCCGAUCAAAUGAAUCUCUACCCCAUCAGCACGCUGCACACCGAGUUCGUUGUUUCCCCAAUGGCAAUCGAGCGUGGCAUGCUCUUGAAAUCGCUCGCUUUGGCGUUGUGUUUCGUAACCGAAGCGCAAACCAUUAAUGCCAAGAUCGACUUAAUCAUUGGCGCAGCGCGUCAGGAGAAGCUUGACAAGCAUAUAAAACAUGCGGACUAUGAGCAGAAAAUCGCGCCUUGUGCUUUGGCACUGGGCUAUAUAUCACGCAAGCACUUGUCUCAUUUAAUCAAGAAAUUGGCAGAGCUCGCGCAUAUUGGCGGCCGCAAGCAUUCAACCGGUUUCUUCAGCAACUUGCAUUUCAUCAAAGACACUCACAAAGAGCAGGAGUUGUAUAAGACGAAUCUGCUGGUGAUCAAGUCAUUCGGUCACAUACUGGACGAGUCGGAUCCCAUGCAGUCGCUACAGAACCUCGAUGAUACAAUACUCAAUUUCCUAAUUUUGCAAUUGACCGGCACGAAGGAUCAAACCAUUAUGUCAGCUAUACUAAAGACCCUGCUGAGCAUUUGUAAUCAAAUAAUUGCAACAAAGGAGCAACUAACGGCGCCACUGAAGUACCGCAAACAGAUAAUGGAUGCUGUAUUCAGCAUACCUAUCGAGGCGCCAUUCAAUGAUCUGCCGCUACUGCCAACAAUUCUUAAACUGGGCACAGAUUUCAUACGUAUAGGCGGCGUUGACGCAACCGAAUCAGUUGAUGGUAGCGUAAUUUUCGAAAUUGCUUGUAAGAAUUUCUUCUCCUGUGCACAGCACUUAAAAAUUAAAUUCGAUUCACCCGAAGAGGAUGAGCGCAAUAGUUUUCUAGCGAAGCACUUAAAUGAAUCGUUGCCCGAGUUGAAUGCACUCGCCAAGGCUAUAAUAGAAACCGAUCCAUCACCCAGUACACUCGAUUUGAUAAUAUCGAUUUUGGAGUCCUGGACACGGGACAAGAAUUCGGAAGUACGCAUUUGUGCAUCGCACGUCUUCAAUAAUGGCCUCGAAGUUUAUAUAAAAUCAAUGAAGAUCGGCUGUGAGGCACCUUCGAAAUUCAAUCAAACCGGUCAAAUGUUGGGUAAAAUUGUGCCACGCUGCAUCGACUCGAAUGGUACAGUGCGUCAGGUGUCUGUGGAUAUUUUACAGAAGACAUUGGAGAUUUCUUGUAUUUACGAAACACUCACCAUUGCCGACAGUGAAACGGACUGGGUGAAGGAGAUCGAUUUGGUCAAAGAACAAAUAAUAACCGAUGAUCCUAAGAUGAUAUAUAAUUUGGCUGGGGAAAUCGCUAAAAUUAUUGCCUUGCGUAUGUCAAAUUUUCAGUAUUUGCAAUUUUGUAAAACUCUUCUACAAGGAUUGCGUGAUCCAGAGCAAAGUUCCUCGAUUGGUGCUUCAGUGGUUUUGAAAUUCUUCAUACAACACAAAGGUUCCGAAUUAUUCCAUGCUAUACCGGAUCUCGUCAAGGAGAGUUUGAACGCCGUGCGCGAGUGCGACAUAAAUCGUGCACGCUCGGGUGUGCUUAAAGCGCUCGUGGCGUUAACGAAACAUCACCCGAAACUGGUAUGCUUCGAGAUGCUGACACAACCGCUACCAUACGAAAGCAACACCGUCGAAUAUUGGCAUCUUAUUGCCAAUGACUCCGAACUGACCGCCGCGCUGCUAGAAAAUUUCCUGCAAGUUUUAACCGCCUCCUGUCUGUACGAACCCAACGAACCAGCGACCAGUGAAAGGCAGAAAAUCGCGAGCAUGCAACCUUUUGCCAUUUUCUGUGCUUUGAAAGAGAUUAUGCCAUGCAAGGAUGUUAAGGAGGAACUGAAUAAGAAAUUUCCCGAACUCUUCACCAUGCUCCUAACGUCUCUGGCUACAUAUACAAAUUUGGCGCCACCCAUGCAUACGGGCAGCCAGCGCAGCAACUCACCUACUCAACCGACCGUGAAUGCCUCUACCGCUUCAAUCUCCACAGUCGCCUCGUCAGCCAAAUCCAAAUUUGGUUUUGUGCCGAAUAAAGAUUUGGUUAAAUUGAAUCCCUGUCAGAUUGUUUUGGACACAUUCCAAGCAUUUCUCGGUAAUUUGGAAAUGGAACAAAUCGCUACAGUACUCACAGUACACACUCAAUUGGCUAGUAGCACCGAUUUGAAACACUUUAUUGAACUCUUGACACCUAUCGCUAUUGGUUUGGUGAAUCAACUGCAAGUCGGCUCAAGUACUAUGAAGCACGUUGUGACGGCGUUGAGCAAAUAUGUGGCAUCGCCAUACGAUGGUCAGCGCAUAGCGGCAGUUGGUCUGUUUUCACGUCUCGUGCCGUUGAAACCUUGUGGCGAGAUCUCAUCGGUGAUUAUGUUGCAUCUUAGCUCUGCGCUAAGUGACCCCAAUGCUGUUGUGCGUGGUAUAAGCAUACAGGGUUUAGGCUAUGUGGGUAGUCUCACUGAGCAUGAUAUUGAAAAGUAUACAGAGACGGCUGUUACAGCACUGCUGAAGGGCAUUGACGAUACUGUCAGUGACUGCCUCAUUAAUAUACCGCUGGAGAGCAUGCGUGGUUUAGCAAGAGUUUUGCAAACACUACCCAGCGAUCGUCUGGAAUCAUUUCAUGUCUCUUUGGCCAUACGUAUACGACCAUUCUUCGGCAGCUACUCCAUUGAGAUACGUGAGGCGUCCAUUAUACUCUUUGGCGAUUUGUGCGAGUCGAAGAAGGCGCACGAAAACACAGGCAACAUAUCGCCCACUGCGGCGUCCACAGAGGCGUUACGCGAGCAAUUGAUCGCCAAUCUAUUUCCGAUUUUACUGCAUUUGAGUGAGGGUGAAGCCACCAUUAUUAGGGCCUGCAAGGGUACUUUACGCAAAGUUUGUGGCUUGUUGAAUGCGCCAAAAGUUAAUGAGAUGGCCCAGCGUCAUCUCAUCGAUCACGGCCAAUUGAAUUAUGGCGUUUUCAUAGUGGAUUUUGUAAAACUAAUUGCUAUGGACUUGCCUGCGCAUAUACAAGAUUUUAUUGACUCGGCAAUACCCAAGUUACGUAGCCAAUGGCCAGAGGUGCGCGGCAGCGCUGCUGUUGUAAUAGGCAUACUCCAUAAUUUUCUGCCGGAGCGUAAUGCUCAAACCGAGUCGGUGGGCAAUAAACUGGCUGUACUACUAAAAGAUGAAAAUCACUUUGUACGCGUUAAGGCCGCCACAGCAUUGGGCUAUUUCUUUGGUGACAUUUGAAAGGAAAAAACUGUUGGCAGUUCGGCUAGGCAGCGGUAAUGUGAAACCAAAUAGUAACUGAAAGUAGUUUAAAAGCAGCAGUCAUUUAUGAAUUUAUAAAGUGUACCUAAAAGGAAACUAUGUAGCAGUGCGAACAUGUGUCUAUGUGAUUAAUGAAAAAAAGCUAGGUUAAUAUAUGUAUAUUAUUAUUGUUUUAUAAACUAUGGUAAAUAUAAUAUUACUUACAUUAUUCAAGAUAAUUAUGCGCAUAUAUGCGUGUAUAUAUCAUUUAUUGUUACCCCUGCUUGUGCAGCACUUUUUCUUAGAUUCUCAAUCCACAUACGAAUUUGCUUAAAUUGUAACUAAAUUAUUCUAUAUAAAUUGUUUGAUUAAGUUUUUGGCCAAAAUGGUAGACAGUUAAAAUGAUUAAAGCGAAAAAUCUAAAGUAAAAGAAAACACUUGGAAAGUAUUAUUUAAAAAAGUUGAUUGA